AUGACGACCGCACACCGGGUGCCCAUCUCGUCGACGCUGCAAGGCGGCCAGUUCCAUCCCCUGCUCCGAUCGCUCCAAGCUGAACGUCACCUCACCAAGGACAUGCUCAUGUACCCCAUCUUCAUCACCGACGACCCCGAAGCCGUCGUCGAAAUCAAGGCCUUGCCCGGUCAAAAGCGCUGGGGUAUCAACAAGCUGAACCAGCUGCUCGACCCGCUCGUCAAAAAGGGCUUGCGCUCCGUCAUCCUCUUUGGCGUACCGCUCCACAUGACCAAGGACGGUCGAGGGUCCGCCGCCGAUGAUCCUAGUACCCCCGUCAUUGUCGCGACCAAGCUCAUUCGCGAGCGGUAUCCGCACAUCCUCAUCGCGUGCGACGUCUGUCUGUGCGAAUACACCAGCCACGGCCACUGCGGCGAGCUCCGUGAGGACGGGACCAUCGACAAUGGCAAGAGCGUCGCCCGACUCGCCCAGGUCGCUUUGGCCUAUGCCAAAGCAGGGGCUCACAUGGUCGCCCCCAGCGAUAUGAUGGAUGGUCCGUCACAGGGUCUAGCACCAGUUCUGAUUUUACCAAAGCUGACGGAAAAGAUUUUCGUUUUCCUCGGCAGGUCGAAUUCGCACGAUCAAGGAUGCAUUGAUCGACAACGGUUACAGCAACCGAUGCAACCUCAUGUCGUACAGCGCCAAAUUCGCCAGCAGUCUCUAUGGCCCCUUCCGGUAAGGUGCUCGAGAUCAGCGACGUGGCCUCGGACACUAACGACGAGAAAAUUCUUGCCCCGCUCUCGAGCAGAGAGGCAGCAGGUUCGGUACCCGCUUUUGGGAACCGAAAGUGCUACCAGCUCCCACCAAAUGCUCGAGGCCUGGCUCGAAGGGCGAUUGUAAGUCAAGGGCCAAUCUUGCGUGAUAGGCGAAAGACCGAUUCGUGUUUGACCGCGUUUCCCUCUUAAGCUUCGAGACGUGGACGAAGGUGCCGACAUCAUCAUGGUCAAGCCUGGACUGCCUUACCUUGACAUCAUCAGCGAAGCAAGGGCGCUUGCGCCUGACCAUCCUCUCGCCGUCUACCAGGUCAGUACGCCGCCAUGUGCUCCCAUCGGACCCAACUGGAGACUGAUGAAGAGCACUUGGGUGGGGACAGGUCUCUGGAGAAUUCGCCAUGAUCCACGCUGGAGCGAACGCAGGCGUCUAUGACCUUCGUGUCAUGGCCAUGGAGACGGUGGAAUGCUUCUUGCGAGCUGGUCAGUCGAAUCUUUGCCCGUAGUAGGGAACUUGCGACUGACCUGGUUGAAUCUCGUGCGCUCGCAGGCUGUACGCUCAUCUUGACCUACUUUACGCCCCAGUUCCUUGACUGGCUGAGCGAGGAUCAGAUUGAGUGA